CUAAAACCUCAACAAACCCACCCUAUGCGCCACUGACAUUCGCUCCUCUAAAGACGGUAAUAUGAAACUAGAAGCUCAGUGACCGAUUUCUACAUUAUCGCCAUCAUGUUCGUUUCCAGAUACAUUCAACGGCGCUCUCUCAGAUCCUUGCAGAAUGCGAUUCUGCGGAGAUACGAUAUGGUGAAUAUGAUUUCAAUCGGUGAAAAUACGACGGUAAAAAAUGUGGAAGUUCCUAUAUUUACUGCAACGAGUAAUGUGUGGAAUUGCAGUGGUGGAGUGCGGUGGAUGUCGGGGAAGAGCAUGAGGAGCAGAGUAGCAAUGAGAAUGCAGAAUGAGUCGAGCAAAACCCUAAGGGAGAUUCGGAGGUCAAAGAAGUUGAAAUUGAAGCUGAUGACUGAUGAAGAACGGUUAAUUUAUAAUCUGCGAAGAGCAAAGAAAAAAGUUGCUUUGCUACUUCAGAAGCUGAAGAAAUAUGAGCUACCAGAGUUGCCAUCUCCACGUCAUGAUCCUGAGCUUCUGACUCCUGAGCAACUGCAAGCGUAUAAGAAGAUUGGUUUCAGGAACAAAAACUAUGUUCCUGUUGGUGUUCGUGGAGUCUUCGGAGGAGUUGUCCAAAAUAUGCAUCUCCACUGGAAGUUCCAUGAGACUGUGCAAGUUUGUUGUGAUAACUUCCCUAAAGAAAAAAUAAAAGAGAUGGCCUCAAUGCUGGCUCGACUAAGUGGUGGUAUUGUGGUUAACAUACACAAUGUAAAAACAAUUAUUAUGUUUCGCGGCAGAAACUACCGCCAACCAAAGAAUUUAAUACCUAUCAACACACUUACAAAAAGGAAGGCAUUAUUUAAAGCCCGGUUCGAACAAGCACUAGAAUCACAGAAAUUAAACAUAAAGAAAAUAGAACAAGAGCUCCGGAGGAAGGGGAUAAAUCCUGAUGAUCCAGCAGCCAGGGCCAGCAUCCAGCGAGUAGCAUCCACAUUCUUCAAUGCCAUUGAUAAGAAAGAAGGAAGCCCAUAUGUCUUUCAGGAGGAUAUUGGUACUAAGUUGGGUCUCAGCAGUAGUAUAGACCAAACACAUUCAACAGCUGAAGACAGUGACCAGGAAGAACUUGACCGUUUUAUUGCUCAGAUAGAACAGGCAGCUGAUGACGAAUGGGCAGCCGAGGAAGAAGCAGAGAAAGACGAAGUAGGGAAGAUUAGAUAUUGGAACAAAGAAGAUAUAGGUAGUCGAUUCAGAAGAUCUGGAAUGAUGGGAAGUGAUGAAUCAGAUGAUGAGUCAGGAGGGAAGACAAGUGGCUGGAAUAAGACAUACGGAAGGAAGAUAGCUGAUGAUGAUGGAUAUGAUGACGUAUCUGAAGAUGACAAUGAAUUGGACAACAAUGACGACCGACAUGGUAGAAGCAAUUACGCUGAUUCCGGCAUGUACAAGGCUCCUGACAGGCAUCCUAAGCAUAAAACGGAGAAAUGGCAGAAAGGUAAGAGCAAUAGACCUAUAAGUGAGGGAGGUUCAAGCAGAAAUUUUGAUCCUUAUUUAAAGGGAAAGAUGGGUACAGAAGGUUCUGGUUCAGAUAUGUUAAGUGACAUUGAGGAAGCCAUGUGGAAUUCAGAUGAUGAGGGAGGGCAGCACUCAAUGCUACCAAGUGAGUAUAGAAGUAGUAGUGACGAGGGGGAGGAUUAUGAUAAGGUAGCAACAUUGGGAUCAAGUGCAGAGGAUGCACCUGGUUCGAGGGCAUCAAGAGGGGUAGCUAGUAGCUUUAGGACUAGUAGUCAAGAGCAAAUGAAGAAAAAUGAGGAUAAUUCCGAGACCAAGACAAAGGUGAAAAGCUCAAAGGACUUAGAUGAAACUUGGGACAGCGACUGACCUGGGUGCCAACUUUGACGUAGAAAUAGUGCUCAUGGGAUACAGUGGAAUAGAGGCCAGUGCUAUUUAUGGUACUUGAAUAAAGAACUCUGAUUUGUGCAAGAAAUCAGAGCUCAAGUUGAAUGCACUUUUCAUAUGGGCAGGGAAUCGAGCUAAACUGUUUCUUCCUGUCUGCUUGCAUCUACAUGUCUGAAUUUGGGUGAAACGCGAACAAGGCACAGAGACACUGCCAGUGCACCUGUAUUUCUUCUCCUGGAUUCUCUGUAUCCAUAUCGUUUAAGUACACAAAUAGUUAUUCCCUUCUCAUAAUGUUUGUUCAAGCGUGCUGCUGAAGAGUAGUACAUUGAAGAAUCUGGGGUGGUGACUUUUGUAUAAUAUCAGUGAACCAAAUUACUCUUUCGAUGGUAUAAUGAGAUGGACUCUUGACUGGAUUAAUAAUGCUGUACUCCAUUUUUCAUUUUUUUUGUUACUUUUUAUUUGAGAACUAUGUCUUUCUCCUGAUGAUGAGUGUAACAGGUCCAAAUCCAUAAUUGACUUGAUUACUUAUUGGUUA